AUGCUCUUCAAGAGAUGGAAAAUGAUACAGCCCAUAGAAUAUUCCUUGACUACAAGAGUCACGAAUACGCUUGUUGAUUAUUGGAACAUAGUCCUCAUUCUUCUUGUGAUCUACUACUGCACUGUCACCAUUUUCAGCCGUGGCCUUCAUAGAAUCCCUGGGCCUUUCCUUCGAGCCCUCUCGCCGAUACCGCGAUUAUUGUCAGUGUAUAAGGGUUUCAGUUAUGAAGAUGAUUCCGCUUUGCAUCAGAGAUACGGUCCAAUUGUUCGCCUGGGGCCGAACCUCCUCUCUGUAAACAGCGCAGAUGAGCUCCAUACCAUCUAUGGAGUUUCAACCCUGUUUUACAAGUCUCGAUUCUAUUCUCUCGCGGAGGGAUAUGACGAAACAGGGCUCAUUCCCGAUCCGUUCGUGAUGACCGAUAAGGCCAUGCAUUCGAGACUUAGGCGCGGUGCUGCAAAUGCAUACUCUCUCAACUCGAUGGUGCAACUCGAAGCAUACGUUGAUCCCGUUACUGAGCGGUUAAUACACAAAAUCCAAAAAGAAUAUGCAACAGGGAAAAGGAUUAUUGAUCUCAGCCAGCUUGUGCAACAGUACGCUAUGGACGCCAUAUGCGCACUGACAUACGGCAAAGACCUAAACCACAUCGAAAAAGGAGACUACCUUGGAUUCUUCAAAACAAGCUUAAUCAUAAAUAGAUACAUGGGUAUUUUCGGCCAAAUCCCCUGGGUCCAUAGAUUUCUUCUCGGGAACUCGUUCAUAGCACCCUUCAUCGUCGGCCCCGAGAGUAAUGAAAAGAUCUUUCAGCUAGCCAAAGAGGAAAUAGCAGCGGAUGGGCUAAUCAGCGAAGGGAGAGACGAGUCACUAGACCGGCCCUCGACAUUUUUGCAGCGCCUACUCCUUAAUCAAAGAAGAAGCCCUACAUCGAUCAAUGAGCGCGAGAUAAUGGCACACUGCUUCAACAAUAUUGCUGCUGGAAGUGAUACGACGGCCAUCUCUAUACGGAGUAUCUUAUUCAAUACCUUAAAGCAUCCCCGUGUGCAUCAGCUAUUGAGAAAAGAAAUCCGCGAGGCGUUCCCAACGUCUGAGCUGGAAUCAAAGUCUGUAUCUUUUCGAAGAGUCAGUAAGCUUCCUUACCUGGGGGCUGUAAUCAUGGAAGGAAUCCGGCUGCAUCCAUCAGUUGGCCUGAUGUUUGCUCGUGUUGUGCCUGAGCCGGGUGCAACCAUUUGCGGGCAGUUCCUGAAGCCUGGCGUGGAGGUUGGGAUAAACCCUUGGCUCCUGCAACGCAACUCAGAGGUCUUCCCGAACCCGGACGAAUUUUAUCCUGAUCGUUGGCUACCUGAGAAUACUUCCAAGGAGAGACUCAUACUGAUGAAUAAAUGUUGGAUUCCGUUUGGCCACGGGGCACACACUUGUAGUGGCAGGUGGAUUAGCUGGAUGAUUAUUCACAAACUAGUUGCUACCCUCGUCCUACUAUUUGAUAUGGACUUGGUGGACGGCGGAAAGGAUUACACUUUUCGGAACUUUUGGCUCACCCCACAGAGAGGACUAUAUAUAUCUCUAACAAGUGCCCCUCCUUAG